ACACUGCAAAUAGAAGAGAGAGACAGAGAGAGAAACUAGAGAGAGAGAGGUGUGAAGGAAGAAUGAGUGGUGGAGGUGGUGAAGAAGGGACACCUUUGGAGUUUACUCCAACAUGGGUUGUUGCUGCAGUUUGUAGUGUGAUCGUUGCUGUUUCUUUUGCCGCAGAGCGUUUACUUCAUUAUCUUGGCAAGUUUCUUAAGAAGAAGAAUCAGAAGCCACUCUAUGAAGCUCUACAAAAAAUCAAAGAAGAGUUGAUGCUGUUGGGUUUUAUUUCUCUGUUUCUGACGGUGACACAAAAUGGGAUAAUCAAAAUCUGUAUUCCAAGUGGUUGGACUCACCAUAUGCUUCCUUGUAGCCUUGAGGAUAAAGAAAGUGAAGGAUCAAAAACACCCACAUCACAUUUUCAGAGUUUUUUCUCUUUCUCUGCUAUUUCUGGCACUGCUAGGCGACUUUUAGCUACGGAAAAAUCAGCAACAACAGAGGAAAAACUUGGAUUCUGUGCUGCCAAGAACAAGGUACCUCUAUUGUCCGUGGAAGCAUUGCAUCAACUGCAUAUCUUUAUUUUUGUCCUAGCUAUCGUCCAUGUUACCUUUUGUGUUCUGACUAUAGUUUUUGGAGGAUUACAAAUACGUCAGUGGAAGCACUGGGAAGACUCUGUUAACAAAGAAAACUAUGAAACAGAAGCACACAGAGUUCUGGAACCAACAGUUACUCAUGUUCGCGAGCAUGCUUUUAUAAAGAAUCGUUUCACAGGUUUUGGCAAAGAUUCUGCUCUACUGGGUUGGUUGAAAUCCUUUUUCAAGCAAUUUUAUGGAUCUGUGACAAAAUUAGAUUAUGUGACAUUAAGGCUUGGUUUCAUUAUGACCCACACCAGGGGAAAUCCAAAGUUCAAUUUUCACAAGUACAUGAUUCGUGCCCUUGAAGAUGAUUUCAAGAAAGUUGUUGGUAUAAGUUGGUAUCUUUGGAUCUUUGUGGUGAUCUUCUUGUUGCUUAAUAUCAAUGGUUGGCACACAUAUUUCUGGAUUGCUUUCAUUCCUGUCAUUCUUCUACUUGCUGUUGGCACUAAGCUGGAGCAUGUAAUAAUUCAAUUAGCUCAUGAAGUAGCUGAAAAGCAUACAGCCAUAGAAGGUGAAUUAGUUGUUCAACCAUCAGAUGAUCACUUCUGGUUUAAUCGCCCCCACAUUGUCCUCUUCUUGAUUCACUUUAUCCUUUUCCAAAAUGCUUUUGAGAUAGCAUUUUUUUUCUGGAUAUGGGUUACAUAUGGCUUUGACUCCUGUAUAAUGGGAAGAGUCCGUUACAUUAUUCCAAGGCUCAUUAUUGGGGUAUUUAUUCAAUUACUAUGUAGUUAUAGUACCCUACCACUCUAUGCAAUUGUCACACAGAUGGGAACUAGCUAUAAGAAGGCCAUAUUUGAUGAACAAGUGCAAGCACGCCUUGUUGGUUGGGCACAAAAGGCGAAGAAGAAAGGGUUAAAACCUGAUAGCCAACAUACCCAAGGAAGUUCUCAUGAUGGUGUAGCUAAUGGAGUUCAACUAGGGACAAUUUUCAGAAGGGCAUCUGGCACAGAAGACAAUGCCAUUGUCCCCACAGAUGAAGAGUCCAAAUGAGUGUGUAUCUCCAUAAAUAAGGGAUAAAUUUUAAGUACUCUUAUAGUACUAAAAUUAUUACACCAACUUCAAUUAUAACACAUGAGCUUAAGUAGCCUCAUAAAUGAAAAAGUUACCAAGAAAAUGGUUGUAAAUUUAGGUGAGUCCAAGUGUUAUAAAAAUUUACCCCUAGCGAAGAUGAACGAACAUGUAAACAAUGUUU